AUGGUUUUAGAAGAUGUCCGUUUGAGCAUACUCUUAUAUCAAGUUGUUGAACCUGGAGAUAUCUUGAUCGUGUGUCUUUAUGUUGAUGAUUUUCUUUACUGGGAACAAUUGAAGAAGAAAUAUGCAAAUGAUAUUUUGAAGAAAUUUCAAAUGGAACAUUCAAAGCCAGUUUCUACUCCAGUCGAAGAAAAGUUCAAAUUGCUGAGAGAAGAUAAAGGAGGUGCAGUAAAUCAUACAUAUUACAAAAGCUUGAUUGGAAGUCUAAGGUACUUGACUGCGACUAGACCAGAUAUUGUGUUUGGAAUUGGUUUGCUUAGCAGAUUUAUGGAGGAGCCUUGUACCAACCAUUUGCAAGCGGCAAAGAGAAUUCUUCGAUAUAUCAAAGGUACUUUAAAUGAUGGAAUUUAUUAUGAGAAUACUAAUGAAGUAAAUCUUGUUGGUUACACUUAUAGUGAUUGGGCCGGAGAUAUAGAAACAAGAAAAAGUACUUCAGGUUUAUUUCAUCUUGGUUCUGGUGCAAUUUCAUGGUCGUCAAAGAAACAACCAGUAGUAGCACUAUCUACAGCAGAAGAAUAUAUAGCAGCAGCAAGUUGUGCACAAGCGUUUGGCUAA